AAAGAAUUCCUAGCCAAAGCAAAGGAAGACUUUUUGAAGAAAUGGGAAAACCCAGCACAGAACACUGCUCAUUUGGACCAGUUUGAGCGUAUUAAGACUCUGGGCACAGGCUCGUUUGGACGAGUGAUGCUCGUAAGGCAUAAGGAGAAUGGACAUCAUUAUGCUAUGAAGAUCCUGGACAAGCAGAAGGUCGUGAAAUUGAAGCAGAUUGAGCACACGCUGAAUGAGAAGCGGAUCCUACAGGCUGUUAAUUUCCCUUUUCUUGUUCGGUUGGAGUAUUCAUUCAAGGACAAUACUAACCUAUACAUGGUUAUGGAAUAUGUAGCAGGGGGCGAGAUGUUCUCUCACUUGCGCCGGAUCGGACGCUUCAGUGAACCUCACGCCCGAUUCUAUGCAUCUCAGAUUGUAUUAACUUUCGAGUACCUGCACUCUUUGGAUCUAAUCUAUAGAGACCUGAAACCAGAAAACCUGCUCAUAGACCAGCAAGGUUACAUACAGGUGACAGAUUUUGGUUUCGCCAAGAGAGUCAAGGGAAGAACUUGGACUCUGUGUGGCACUCCAGAGUACUUGGCCCCUGAAAUCAUUCUCAGCAAGGGAUAUAAUAAAGCUGUGGACUGGUGGGCGCUCGGUGUCCUGAUUUAUGAGAUGGCUGCAGGUUAUCCUCCAUUCUUUGCAGAUCAGCCAAUUCAGAUCUAUGAAAAGAUUGUAUCUGGGAAGUACGCUUCCCCUUCACACUUCAGCUCUGAUCUGAAAGAUCUCCUCAGAAACCUUUUGCAGGUUGACCUUACCAAACGAUUUGGGAAUCUGAAGAAUGGCGUGAGUGAUAUCAAGGGCCAUAAAUGGUUCAGCACCACGGACUGGAUUGCAGUCUAUCAAAAGAAGGUAUGUGACAAGGUUGUAGGAGAACUUGAACAUAAAAAGAAAAGUUGA